UUUACCCGUUUCCUACACCUCGUCCUUUCUCACGAAUUUCCACGUUUUUGUUUGUGUCUGCGUGCCUGUGACAUGUUUUUAACGCUGGGAUUGCAGUGCAUAACCUGACCGGUCCAAGCCGGAAAGGUCAGAGGUAUAAACGUGUAGCAUUUGAGGGCUAUAUUGAGACCCUCAUAGCUAAAUGAGCUUGUCCUCAAAUGUUUUGCAUCUAGAUGCAUCCUGAGAAACAGGAAGGUGAGGUAACAAAACCACAAAGAAGCACAUCUCUACGAUACAUUUUCAGGCCAGUCUCACCAGUUUGCAGAACUGUACUUCACAGAGAAAACAAAACACCAUGCAGUACAAAACUACAUUUUCGGAGAAUGUUCAGAAUAUCCAAGACAGUCCAAUAUUUAGGAAAACAACAACAUAAUUAUCUUUGCGACACGAACGAAUCAAAUCAUUUUUGUGUAUUGUAUGGCGGUUGUAUUACUCAUGUUUAAAUCAAAUAAGGUUUUAAGACCGGUUAAUUUGCUCAUACUACAUCUUUUGGGCUGGAAUUGGGGUUCAUAGAAUAUUAAGAAUAGAAUAAGAAGACAGUCCAACAUUUCCUGGAAAUACAAAAACUUCAUAGUUAUCUUAACACCUCAAACGAGUCAAAUUAUAAUUGCUUAUUUUACGGCAAUUGUAUUAUUAAUGUUCGUAUCAAAACAGCAUUUAGCGCCAAUUCUAAAUUUGCGGGAUUGUGAUGAUUUCAUGCAUGUGAGUGAAUCUUGAGAAACAGGACUAUUUCAGCCACCCUCCCACUUGGUUGCUGUACUUUCAAGAGACAAGAAUCCUGAAUAAAUAAAUCGGUACAUACAUUUUCUAUCCCGCUUAUCCUCACGAGGGUCAGGGCUUUGCUGGAACCGAUACCAACUAACUGAGUGAGAGGCAAGGCACACCCUGGACUGGUCGGCAGCCAAUCGCAGGCUGCUUACAAACAACCAUUCACGACUACUCUUCACUUAACUUACCAUGCAUGUUUUUGCGACGAUGAAGGACACCAGAGUGCCUGGAGAAAAAACAUGUGUAGGCACACAGAUUUGUGAUUUAGCUGAGAGAGACGAUUGGCCUUAAUUUCACCCUAUUGAAAAUGGCUGGGAUAAAAGGGCCUCGUCAGAAAGUCCAAAGACUGGGAUCCAUCUAUGAGCCCCUCAAGCUGUCCAUCCUCCACCGUGAGGAUGAGCCCCUAUGGGAGAAGUUGGACCGUUACUACAAUGCUGUCAAGACCACCAUACUCAACUACCAAAGUCCCACCACUGGCCUCUUUCCCAUAAAGACCUGUUCCACUUGUAAAGAGGCCAAGGUGCGGGACUCCCUGUACUGUGCGGCAGGAGUCUGGGCACUUGCCAUGGCUUACCGCCGCAUCGAUGAUGACAUGGGGCGCACUCAUGAGCUGGAGCACUCAGCCAUCAAGUGCAUGAGAGGAAUCCUCUACUGCUACAUGAGACAGGCUCAUAAGGUGGAACAGUUCAAGCAGGACCCCAGCCCCUCCAAGUGUCUGCACUCCAUAUUCAAUGUGGACACAGGUGACGAGAUCCACACCUAUGACCAAUACCACCACCUGCAGAUCGAUGCCGUCUCCCUCUUCCUGCUCUAUCUGGUGGAGAUGAUCUGCUCUGGACUCCAGAUAAUCUACAACACUGAUGAGGUGUCCUUCAUCCAGAAUCUGGUGUUCUGUGUGGAAAGAGCCUACAGGGUACCUGACUACGGCAUGUGGGAGCGAGGCAGCAAAUACAACAACGGCAGCACCGAGCUGCAUUCAAGCUCUGUGGGCCUCGCCAAGGCUGCUUUGGAGGCCAUCAAUGGCUUUAACCUGUUUGGAAACCAGGGUUGCUCCUGGUCGGUGAUCUUCGUGGAUCUUGACGCCCACAACCGAAACAGACAAACGUUGUGCUCCCUGCUGCCCCGAGAGUCACGCUCUCACAACACGGAUGCAGCCUUACUACCAACCAUCAGCUACCCUGCCUUCGCUGUGGACGACGACGCCCUCUACAGUCAGACACUGGACAAAAUUGUCCGCAAGCUGCGUGGCAAGUACGGUUUCAAGCGCUUCCUGCGUGACGGAUACCGAACCUCCAACGAGGACAAGGACCGCCGAUACUACAAACCUGCUGAAAUGAAGCUCUUUGAUGGGAUCGAGUGCGAGUUUCCUAUAUUCUUCAUCUUCAUGAUGAUUGAUGGGGUGUUCAGAGGGAAUCAGGCUCAGGUGAAAGAGUACCAGGACCUUCUUGAGCCCAUCAUCUUUCAGUCUUAUGAGGGCCAUGCUGUGGUGCCCAAGUACUACUACGUGCCCGCCGACUUUGUGGAGGCCGAGCAAAGUAAGCAUGGCAGUCAGAAGCGCUUCCCCAGCAAUUCUGGACGUGACGGCAAGCUCUUCCUGUGGGGCCAAGCCCUCUACAACAUUGCCAAGUUGCUAGUUGACGAACUAAUAAGCCCCAAGGACAUUGACCCCAUCCAUCGCUACGUUCCUCGACAGGACCAACGCAAUGUCAGCAUGCGAUACUCCAACCAGGGCCCCAUAGAGAAUGAUGUUGUCGUCCAUGUCUCACUGAUAGCUGAGAGCCAGAGACUGCAAGUGUUCCUGAACACAUACGGUAUCCAGACACAGACACCGCAGCAGGUGGAGCCCAUCCAAAUCUGGCCUCAGAAGGAGUUGGUCAAGGCGUACCGCUUCCUGGCCAUCAAUAGUAAGCUGGGCUUGAGUGGGCGUCCUGAUCGACCCGUGGGUUGCAUUGGUACCUCCAAGAUUUACCGCAUUCUGGGCAAGACGGUGGUGUGCUACCCGAUUGUCUUUGAUCUGAGUGAUUUUUACCUGUCACAGGAUGUCAUGCUGCUCAUUGAUGACAUUAAGAACGCACUCCAGUUCAUCAAGCAGUGUUGGAAGAUGCAGGGGCGACCUCUCUUCUUGGUGCUCAUCCACGAGGACAACAUCAAGGGAAGUCGCUUUAAUCCGGUGUUGGACAUGCUGGCUUCCUUUAAGAAGGGCCACAUUGGAGGAGUCAAAGUUCAUGUCGACAGACUUCAGACACUGAUCUCGGGAGCGGUGGUGGAGCAAUUGGACUUCCUGCGUGUCAACGAGGCCGAUAUCCCAGAGUUCAGGAGCUUCGAGGAGCUAGAGCUUCCCAAACACUCCAAAGUCAAGCGACAGACAAGCACGCCGAACGCUUCCGACUUGGAGCAGCAGCCUGAGAUCAGCGUGGCCGAGUGGCUGCACAAGCCCACUAACGAGGUCCUCCAGAAGUUUCAUGACUGUGACUGCUUGGCAAGCCAGGCUCAGCUCGCCGGAAUCUUGCUCAGGAGGGAAGGCUCGGACUUCUUCACUAAGGACGAGAACCUGAUGGAAGAGUUGGAGAGGAUCUAUCGACAAGCUGGGAGCCGGAAGCUUUGGUCUGUUGUCCGUCAUGCCGCCAGUCUGUUAACUAAGCUGGUGGACAGCCUUGCCCCCAGUAUUACUAGUGUUUUAGUGCAUGGCAAGCAGGUUACGCUGGGUGUGUUUGGCCACGAAGAGGAGGUGAUUUCCAACCCGCUGUCUCCCAGCGUUAUCCAAGGCAUCAUUUACAGCAAGUGCUGCCCAGUAGGGGGUGAGCGCGAGGCCGUCCUGCAGCAAGAGCUAGUCAUCCACAUCGGAUGGAUCGUCUCCAACAGCCCAGAGCUGUUCAGUGGCAUGCUCAAGAUCCGAGUUGGGUGGAUUGUUCAGGCCAUGAAACAGGAGCUUAGCAUCCGGGCAGGAGACAUGCCCUGCCAGGACAUCUACCAGCUAUCCCCCAGCGACAUCAAGCAGCUCUUACUGGACGUGCUGCAGCCUCAGCACACGGGCAGGUCGUGGUUGCAUCGCCGCCAGAUCGACGGCUCGCUUAACAGAACACCUUUGGGCUUUUAUGACCGGGUCUGGCAGAUCCUGGAGAGGACCCCUAAUGGGAUUUUGGUCAGCGGGACACAUCUACCACAGCAACCAACACUGUCUGACAUGACCAUGUAUGAGAUGAACUUCUCCCUACUGGUGGAGGACACGCUGAAGAGCAUCAUCCUGCCGGAAUACAGGCAAACCAUUGUGGAGCUGCUGAUGGUGGUGUCCAUCGUGCUAGAGAGGAACCCAGAGGUGGACUUUGCUGACAAAGUGGACCUGGACAGUCUAGUGAAGGAAGCCUUUGCCGACUUCCAACGGGAUCGUAGUCGCCUGGAAGGCAUCGAGAAACAGGACGACAUGCAGGCCUUCUACAACACGCCACCUGUGGGCCGGAGGGGCACUUCCAGCUACCUGACUAAGGCUGUUAUGACCCUGUUGUUGCAAGGGGAUGUGAAGCCCUGCAAGGAUGACCCAUGUUCUGUUAGCUAGAAGCCCCAUCCCCGUUUCUGUCACGUGACUCAUUACUUUGCUUAAUUAGCGUGUGUGCUAAUUGCUGGAUUGAUGUUAAUAGUGGUGAAACACCACGUAGUUGAUGGAAACCUCCAUAGUAGGGGCUUUUGACAAGUAAGUCAUUUUGUUAGUUGUCAUUUGAGCCUAACUUAGCAUAUAAGAAAGGAGGACUGAGAAUCUUGAGAUUAGGGGCAACUAGUGCAUUUUUUUAGUCCUUAUACUCAACACUCAGCAGAAACGCUUUGGGACGGUCAGCAGGACAAUCUUUAACGGAACUGAUCUUUAAUUGGCAUUUUGUGUUUAUCAAGCUCCUUCUCAUCUUGACCAUGAAACAACAAAAAGGGCCAGAUAUGUCACAGUACAAAUCAAAAAUGCAAACCCAUGUGUAGUGAACUAGCUUCUUCACUUUGCUGCACCCACGUGCAAUAACUAAAACUAAAAUUCUUCACAAAUUAGCAUUAUCCAUUUGUGUAGUGUAUGUACUUGCACUUUGGUAUCGAUCAGAGAAAAUGUCUUGGUUGAAUUCAUUUUUUAAAAAAAGAUGCGUGGAAAUAGCCAAAACAACACUGAGCCCCUGUUAUUUUAACAGCACAGGUCCUUCAGACUUUUUGUGGGUCUACUCGUGAUAGUCAUAUGUACUAAAUUCCAUCAUGCUAAGUGAAACUGACUGAAUUAUUGAAUAAUUCCACUGGCAGUUAUUUGAGUUUCAUGUUUUUUGGUGACUCACAAAAUAUCGUUUCCGCUGCGCCCACACACUAUGAUGUGAACUAAAAUAUUUACAAUGUAGCGUUAGCCAUCUCUCAAGUUUAUGAAACUAUUUUUGUGGGUCUACUCAUGCUCACCAAUUUUCAAAAAAAUGUAAGGGAAUGUUUACAUAUGGCAAGGAUUCUUGAGACAUUUUUGGCAGUAGCUAAAUUGUCAAUCAACAUACUUCCAAAGAACUCUGUCCUCUGCGAUGCUACGUGUUAGCCAGUGUUGUGCUACUCUUAAGCAAGCCAAGCCAAGCCCUUUUUAAACCAUAAAGUGAUUGUGACAAGGUCCUGCUCAUAAUGGUGCCUGAUUUUCAAAAGCAUGUUUUGCUGCUAAUUUCAUGCAAAGUGAUGUUUAGAAAUCACUUUGAAUGUGAAUUGCGUCAUUGUUUGUAUACAUGUUAAAUGUUUGUCAUGUUUGCUUGCACCUUUUUUGUUGGUUAAUGACAGCAUUACAAGAAGAAAUAAAGACCUAAAAUUUC